AUGCGAUCUGCUCUGGUGAAUCAGGAACUUAUUGAAAAUGGAAAAACUUCGUUUCAUGUUCCUAGAGAGUACGUAUGUGGUGCAGUCGCUUCGAUGACGAAUUUGAUUAUAGUCUUUCCUCUUCACAAAACUGUGUUUUUUCAGCAACUUGAAGGUGUUCGUUUUUCAGCAGCAUUUGCAAGGUUACGGUUGGAAGGUCUUACUCAUCUGUUUCGAGGCCUUCUUCCUCCUCUCCUUCAACGAUCCACUUCUGCAUCUGUGAUGUUCGGCUUUCAAAGUCAGUCCCAACGUUUUCUUAACAGAAAUGAAGCAACAGUGAAACUAUCACCCUAUCUAAAGACCAUAAUUUCUGCAACAAUGGCUGGGUCUCUUGAAGCCGCUUUAACUCCAUUCGAGAGAGUUCAAACCCUUCUCCAAUCUUCAAAUAAUUCAUUGUUGUAUAAAAAUACCUCUCGCGCGUUAUAUAGUCUUCUAAAAUCUCAUGGAAUUCACGAACUUUAUCGAGGCUGUACUCCUAUUUUUCUCCGAAACUGUAUUGGUAAUAUUUUUUAUUUCGUUGGAAAGGAUAGACUUAUGGAGAGUGGUCAAUACCAGGAUCUGCCCUCAGGCCAACGACAUUUGACGGACUUUUUGAUUGGUGGUUUCCUAGGAUCAACAAUCGGUGUAAUUAUAUACCCUCUAAAUGUCGCUAAAUGUCAGAUGCAAUCCGUUGUAGGAACAAAAUUUACUAGUCUCAGGUCUUCGGUGUUGACUUUACUUAACGAAAGACAACACGUGAAGAUUAGACGUCUCUACAGCGGACUUCCAGCAAAUGUCGGUCGAUCCCUUCUCUCUUGGGGCAUCAUUACUAUGGUCUAUGAGUGGCUUCUCACUUUUAUUGUGCUAUUCGUCUGUCUCAUUAAAAUGACUCUUCCUCAAGUUGUAGCUGAAUUUUUUAUUUUCCAAACUGGCCAUGAAAGUGAAGAGGAGAACGUAGUACUUGUCAAAUCUGCUGCUUUGCCUCAUGGUUUCGAGACUUGUGAAAGCAUUAUCGAUGACAAUAUAAUUUCUCAGAAACUCACAUUACUUUGUGAGAGAUUUGAAUUAAUUUACGGUCCGAUGUCUCCGAAAUCAAAGGACGAGUUAGCCCGUUGGCGUGAUAAUGCAAUGGAAUUUUUUGAUCGAGAGUUGGUUAUGCUUGAUCUUAGUUUCCAUGACAUUCCUGAUAUUAUAAAUGCCAUUCAACGGAAGUUCUGUAGCCCUAAAGGCCUCUUGCGUUUGGAUAAUAUCGGGACUAAAAUUCAACUCACUUGCCAAUAUCCUAACACUGAUAUUGCAAUAUUCUACGAUUCUCACUUGGCAUGGUCCUCUUUGGUCCCAAAAAACUUUCUUCCGGUAUUACGGUUUAUUGUCUCGGAUUUGCUCAGUCUUCCUCCUGACCUUGACCUAGCUACGAUAUCUCCAAAGGCACCUCAUAUGGGAAGGUUCUUAACUGGUCUACCAAAUAUGGAAAAUGACCUCUGUCCACCACAGGGCCCCGUUCCUCUCCUCUAUCGACGACUUCCUGAUUCAACUUCCCAACGCAUCCAAGUCGUGGUAUAUCGCGCUCUGAGACUGUCUGUCUGCUUAUUCAUUGAUGCGAAGCACAAUCUUGACAAAGAGUUCUUUCAGUCCUUCGACUCAGCUUAUGGGAGUGCAUUGACAGAUCUUUCCUGUACUCUGGAUACGGAUCGUAAUCCUAAUAUGAUGGUGAGCUCUGAUUUGGUGAAUCUCUCGAUAAGCGCCUCUGAAUCGUCUUCUUCGAAGUCGGUGGGUCAAGCAACUCCUAGCAAUUCCUCACUUCGAGGCUUCCUUAUGUGGGAACCGGAGCUUGUCUCGGUGAAAACGAAUUUUUUUAAACAGCAAUGUGGAGGUCGCAGUGAAACCAUUCUUCCCUUCUCGACUCUCCUCCCCAUCAUGCACGCGGCUCGACAUGAUAUCAUCUCAUGUUUUGGCAAUCGAUGGAAUGAGUGCCUAUUCAAACUUGAACCUGAGACGUGGCUCUAUUUUCGACGCCUCAACAAACGCGAAGUCUUCCUCAUUUUCAGUGGGAAAAAGGUUGACGUCUCUGUAAUUACGAGUGAAUCAAAACGAUUUGGUGUGGAAAAUCUUGCCGGUCUCUUCCGUAUUUGUUGA